ACAUUAUUUCCAACGGUAACCAAAUUCAAAUUCCAAUCACAUACUCGCUCCCAAAAUCUCAUACCCCAUUUCAAUUAAUCCCAUCUCCUCCUUCUUCUUCUUCAACUAAAUCCCAAAAGCACUUCCUUUGCUCCAAGAACCGCUCUUUCCCCCCACACCCUCCCCAAGAUUUCAUCACUUCCCAAUUUCAUGGAACAGACCCAAUUCGACCCCGCUUUCCAAGAUUCCGAGCAGGCUCAACAGCCAAACCCAGAUCUCAAAGAUUCUUCAAUGAAUGAGGACGACGAGUCGUUGGUCGAUUCGAUGCUCUGCGACUCCGGUUCCAGACUAAUCCCUACCGGAUUUACGAGACCCAACUCCACGUCAGGUGAAUAUGUGAUGUUUGUGAAUGCUGGGACUGAGGAUUUGUAUGAAUCAGACUCUGGUGUGACAUUUCUGGGUGACAGUUAUUUUGUGGGAGGGAAUGUUUUAAGAACCAAUGAACAGAUAAGUGAUGGUGGGGAUUAUCCAUACAUCUAUCAAUCGGCACGAGUAGGGAAUUUCUGCUACCGCUUCAAUUAUCUACCUCCUGGGGACUACUAUAUCGAUAUUCAUUUCACAGAAAUCAUUAACACGAAUGGGCCUAAAGGAAUGAGGGUGUUUAAUGUGUUCAUCCAGGAAGAGAAGGUCCUAUCAGACUUUGAUAUCUUUGCUAUUGUUGGGGCCAAUAAGCCCUUGCAAUUGGUGGAUUCAAGGGUCUCAGUGAAGGAGGAUGGAGUAGUUGUCAUAAGAUUCGAAGGGGUUAUUGGAAGCCCACUAGUUAGUGGUAUUGGCAUCAGGAGACCACCAAGUGAUUCAGUUCCAGGAAAGAUUGUUGAACAUCUAAAAUGUAACCACUGUGAUGCUGAAAUAGAAGUGUCUUCAGCUCAGAAGAAACUAAUGCAAAAGAAGUCUACUGCUAAAUAUGAGAAGAAGAUACAAGAGCUUAAUACUAGAUGUGAGCUUAAGGCAAAAGAAUGUUAUGAAGCAUGGAUGUCGUUGACCGUAGCAAAUGAACAGCUGGACAAGGUCAGGAUGGAACUUGACAACACAGCAUUCAAAAAUCUAUCUCAAGAUCAAGCCAUGCAGAAACAAGCUGAAGAUAUAAGGAAUCUUUCUAGCAGGUACGAGCAUGACAAGAAAUACUGGGCAGCAGCAGUCAAUGAUUUGCAAUUGAAAAUCAAGCUGAUGCAAAAGGAGCAUCUGCUUCUUUCUCGUGAAGCACAUGAAUGUGCUGAUUCAAUUCCUGAAUUGAACAACAUGAUUUCUGCAGUUCAAGGAUUAGUUGCGGAGUGUGAAGAGCUUAAAGUGAAGUACAAUGAAGAGCAAGCUAAAAGAAAGAAGCUCUUUAAUGAGGUUCAGGAGGCCAAAGGGAAUAUCAGGGUUUUUUGCCGCUGCCGCCCGUUAAGUAAAGAGGAGAUAACAGCUGGGUGUAAAGCAGUUGUAGACUUCGAGGCAGCAAAGGAUGGAUGUCUUGCCUUCCUAACAGGUGGCUCCACUAAAAAGUCGUUCAAAUUCGAUCGAGUUUACUCACCAAAAGAUGAUCAAGCUGAUGUCUUUGUGGAUGCUUCUCCAAUGGUGAUUUCAGUUCUAGACGGUUACAAUGUUUGCAUCUUUGCUUAUGGGCAAACAGGGACAGGAAAGACAUUCACAAUGGAGGGCACUGAGAAGAAUAGGGGAGUCAAUUAUAGGACGCUUGAGCAGUUGUUUGAAAUUGCAAACAAAAGAAAGGAAACUUUUACAUACAGCAUAUCCGUUAGCGUACUUGAAGUCUACAAUGAGCAAAUUAGGGACUUGUUAGAUACUUCACCACAGUCAUCAAAGAAGUUGGAGAUAAAACAGGCUCCUGAAGGGUAUCAUCAUGUUCCAGGCAUAGUAGAAGCCAAAGUUGAAAGUAUUAAGGAAGUGUGGAGGGUACUGCAAGCUGGAAGCCAUGCUAGAGCUGUAGGAAGUAAUAAUGUUAAUGAGCAUAGCAGUCGUUCUCAUUGCUUGCUUUGCAUAAUGGUGAAAGCGAAGAACGUGAUAAAUGGGGAGUGCACCAAAAGCAAGCUGUGGUUAGUGGAUUUGGCUGGCAGUGAAAGGCUUGCAAAAACUGAUGUACAAGGAGAACGAUUAAAGGAAGCUCAAAAUAUCAACAGAUCCCUUUCAGCUCUCGGAGAUGUGAUAUCUGCUCUUGCAAAUAAAAGUGGUCACAUUCCAUACAGGAACUCUAAGUUGACACAUUUACUUCAAGAUUCAUUAGGAGGUGACUCUAAAACUUUAAUGUUUGUGCAAAUAAGCCCUUCAGACCAAGAUUUGGGUGAGACUAUGAGUUCUUUAAACUUUGCAACACGGGUUCGAGGAAUUGAGUUGGGUCCUGUCAGGAAGCAAGUUGAUACAAGCGAGCUCCAGAAAACAAAACUCAUGCUUGAAAGAGCUAGGCAGGAAGCAAGAUCCAAAGAUGAAUCUCUAAGGAAGCUAGAAGAGAGCUUUCAAAACAUGGAGAGCAAGAACAAAGGAAAAGACCAAAUUUACAAAAAUCAACAAGAAAAGAUUAAAGAUCUUGAAGGGAAGCUUGAGUUGAAGACAGCCUUGCAUAGCCAGUUAGAGAAGCAAGUUUCACAACUUUCCGAUAGAUUAAGGGGGAAAGAAGAAACUUGCAGCUGUCUCAAACAAAAGGUUGAACAGUUGGAGGCUGAUCUAAGACAACAACAAAAGUCAGAGUCAGAAUCUGCAAAUUUGCGACAAAAGAUUAAGGAUCUUGAAAGCAAGCUAAAGGAGCAAAUGCAAGAAUCUGAGUUCAUUUCUACCACUUUACAUAAUAAGGUGAAGGAACUGGAGAUAAAAUUGAAAGAGGAAGAACGAAAAUCAGACCCUUCCACACUUCACCAGAAGAUUGAGGAACUUGAAGAUAAGUUGAGGGAGCAAGAGAAACAGUUACUUGAAGACAAGUUCAGGGUGGUGCAAGAGAAGCAGUUACUUGAAGACAAGUUGAGGGAGCAAGAGAAGCAGCUACUUGAAGACAAGUUGAGGGAGCAAGAGAAGCAGUUACUUGAAGACAAGUUGAGGGGGCAAGAGAACCAGUUGCAGUGUACUCAACUUUUUGCUGAUGUAGUAAGGGUGACUCCUCAUGAAGGAAAGACUCGCAUAAGAGAUGAAAUAACGAAUGAUGUUGAUCCUUCUAUCUUAAGGGCUUCAAAUUCACUAAACCGCCGGAUGAGUCAAGGGUCCACAUUACUAAGAGGACACGAUUCUCUCCAUGAGAAAAGAAGGAAAAGAGAGUUUAAAAGUGGUGAGACGGAGAACUUCCACAGGCUGUCGACUUCUUUAUAUGACAACAAAUCUAGGAAAUCUGAUCCUCCUAAGAUUGCAAGAAUCACAAGACCAUCAAAGCCAACUGCUACUCAAGGUCCCUUGAUUCACAAAAGGAUUAACAGAGAUCAGGUUCAAGUCAAGGAGAGGGAUAAUAAGAAGAAAAUCUGGUCAUGAUAUAUAGUGUGCUGCACAUUUCCUUUUUAUUAAUAUGUAGUUACGCAUGCACAAAUAUAGUACCUUGUGCAUUCUGUUUUCAAAAUGUAUUCUUAUAUAUUGUGCUACCAGAAAUUCAUUCAUUGCUUAUGAAAUUACUUCAGUUCUUAAUCGAUG